GGUUCUGCAUUUCAAAUGGAGGAAACCAAUGAAGCACAGGUCCAAAGUCCGAUACCAGAGAAACAGAAUGACAGACCGAAGAGAAAGGCAAACAAGAAGAGGAAGUUCUCCAUCGAUGAUGAGACGUCCGGCGAGAGCAAUAACAAUACCAAAUCAAGGCCUGGACUGAGAAGAGGGAGCUCCUUCACCUUCCUCACCCCUGGACCUCAAUGGGACUUCAGUCUGAAGCGGAAGCUCAGCGAGAAGGAUGACUCUGAUGCAGUCAGCCUGUGCAGCUUUGACUUCAAGGAACCCAGCAACAAGCGUGUCCGUCCUCUCGGCAGGGUGAGCUCGCUGGCUAACCUCAUCUCCCCCGUGAGGAAUGGGGCCGUCCGGCGCUUCGGCCAGACCAUCCAGUCCAUGUCCUUCCGGGGCGAUGGCAAUGGUGGCAAGACGCCGGGCGUGCCCCAGAAGCCAUGCAGUAAGGCGGCGGCGCCCACGCCGCCCAAGAGACGCAACAGCACGCUGUGGUCGGAGACAUUAGACGUCCACCAGAAGGGCACCUUCUCCACCAAGGAGAUCAAGAGACAGGAGGCCAUAUUUGAGUUGACUCGCGGAGAACAGGACCUGAUUGAGGACCUCCAGCUCGCACGCAAGGCGUACCACGACCCCAUGCUGAAGCUGAGUAUCAUGUCGGAAGAGGAGCUGACCCAUAUCUUCGGGGACCUGGAUGCCUACAUCCCCCUCCACGAGGACCUGCUGGCCCAGCUGGCCAGAGCCACCGGCCCCGACGGCACUGUGGGACAGAUAGGACAAAUCGUUGUUAGCUGGUUGCCAGGGCUGAAUGCAUACCGAGACUACUGCAGUAACCAGGUGGCGGCCAAGGCCCUGUUGGACCAGAAGAAACAGGACCGGAGGGUGCAGGACUUCCUGCAGCGCUGCCUGGAGUCUCCCUUCAGCAGGAAGCUGGACCUGUGGAGCUUCCUGGACAUCCCCCGCUCCCGCCUGUUCAAAUACCCCCUCCUGCUCAAAGAGAUCCUCAAACACACGGCACCCGAGCACCCUGACACGCCCCACCUGGAGUUAGCGAUCACCAUCAUCCAGGGUGUGUUGUCUGACAUCAACAUGAAGAAGGGUGAGUCAGAGAGCCAGUACUACAUAGACAAGCUGGAGUAUCUGGACGACAGGCAAAGAGACCCGCGCAUCGACCAGUGCAAGAGUCUGUUGUGUCACGGCGAGCUACGCAACAAGAGCGGAACAAAGCUGCAUGUGUUCCUGUUCACAGAGCUGUUGGUGAUGACCCGGUCUGUGACGCGGAACGAGCACCACUGUUUCCAGGUGUACCGGCAGCCAAUCCCGGUACAGGACCUGGUGCUGGAGGACCUGCAGGAUGGAGAUGUCAAAAUGGGUGGCUCCUUCAGAGGAGCAUUCAGUAACUCCGACAAAGCCAAGAACAUCUUCCGUGUGCGUUUCCAUGACCCGUCUCGGGGCCAGUCCCACACGCUGCAGGUCAACGACGUCUUCCACAAGCAGCAGUGGCUCAACUGCCUGCGCAGCGCCAUCUCCGUCCACCAGCCCGCCGAUGCCGCCGUCACCACGCCCGCUUCCUCCCCGGCAGCCGACGCCCACUCUAAGCGGCGCUCCUCCAAAAUCUCCAUCAUCCACACGGAGGAGGCCGACGAGAACUGCCCUUUGACGCCCGCAGGUGCAACGUCCGCCUCCAGUUCGCUAUGCGGGGACGAGACCCCCAGUCCCACCUCAACGUCUCCCUCCUCCCGCUCCUCAUCCUCCUCUUCAUCACCACUAUCCUCCCCGUCGCCCAAACACAAAACCAAAAAGGACAAGCGCUCCCUCAGUGCCUUAGGGAAGAGGAAGGAGACCAUGGUGUAAUUAGAGGGGAGAAAAUGGACUCCUGGGCGAGCGGACAAUAUGUUUGUACAUAAGGGAGGGGGAGCAGAUUGGGGGGGGGCUGGGUGUUCCCUCCCGUGGGACUUUUUAUUUAUGUGUCUGUGUGUUUUAUUAUUACAACAGUGUUUUGUGUUACUGUCCCCAUUGGCAGCUAUUUACUUUACUCUUCCAUCCCUCCACUGUUUGGUUCUGUCCACAAAGGGGCUAAGUGCAUACCAUUCAGUAUUCUGGAGAGGCCUGCUUGGCUUUCAGUAAUUAGAGACAAGUUGUGCAUAUUGUCCUGUUUACUGUUUGAUUUUUUUUAAAUUAAAGUUUUACUCCUUUUUUUUCAAUCUGAACUUACAGUAGCUCUAUGUUUAAAACAGCACUGUUUCUAGCUUUUAGCUGAAGUUCUUUAACUCUUUUUGGGGAUGUGAGGUGGAUAGAAGGGAAGAGUUCCCACAAUAGAUGAGACGUAUACGAAACUGAAAACUAUACAAUUUGUCUGAUUCGUAGGUGUACUGCAGGACGGGUCUUAUUUUUGUACAUUCCUAAUAACAGAUAUUUUUUUAUGAUCCGGCCACCUUUUUGCAUCUACUGCAGUUGAUGGCAUUAAUUUUAAUCAAAUUGCAUUUUAAUGGGGGAAAAAACAUAUCAAAUGAGAUUUUGUUUUACUACAAUGUAAAAACAAUUUAAACUGAGCCAUGUUGGUUUAAAAAGCUGACUCUUCCGAAUGAAAAUCUAUCACUUUUUAAUGUAGCAAUCUUGCAUGGAGCUUUAGUUUUUGACACUGCCACUACCCAGCCUCGGUAGUGGCAGGAGCAUGUACAUACUUGUCUGAUGGGUUGGGAUCUGCUGCGGAGAUGACGUAUAGCUGACAGAAUCCACAAAGAUGGGUUGAGAAAUGCAAAAGAGUAUGUUAGAAGAAGAUUUAAGAGAUGUGGAAAUAAAGAUGGAAAUGUUGAAUGUGUUUGAACUGAGAAGUUGGGGGUUUUGUUUUCAAGGUGUGUGUAGCCACUAGCCACGCAAUGAUGGAGCUCUGAGUGAGCUGGAAUGUGGUGCCUUGUCCAAAAUGGAGGUUGGAGGCACUGGUCAAAAAGCCAGUGAGAGAAAUGUAAAGAAAGACUAUGUAUGUUUGAGGGAGAAAACAGAUGAAGGUGUUGUCAAAGUGUUUUGUAGAAGGAAAAUGAGGGUUUGACUGUUUGAAAAGAACUGUACUGAAAAGUGAAGAGCUAGUAAAGGGCUGUGAUAUGACUGCCAUGGCCUGUAUGUAUGUGGUGUAAAAACGUCACAAAAAUCUAUAAUAAAGAUCUGUGUAAGAGUUG